UCACCUCCGGUUGGGGGUGGUAAGGGCGCAUCCGGCAUCCCAUUGGCAUUUCCCCUCCCCGGUGAAAAGAGAGAAAUCCACUGUUAAGAAAUCAAAUUACUCGAAAUAUGGUGUUUAUUGGUUUGCUAAGUAUCAGGGGUCUGCCCCUGUGUCGAGGGGACGUGCUCAAAUCACUGCCCUAAUGAAAAUUCUAUGAGGAAUUUGGUAUAUUGUUAUUUUAUUAUCCACAGAAUACGCUUUCAUCAUUGGUCGGUUGUUUCCACUGACUCAUCCUCUUAUGUCAAAGCGAAAGUUGCAGUACAGUACAGGAAGAGAAUCCAAUAGACACGCUUAUCACGUUGUCAUUUGGGAGAGAGACGGACUGUCCCACAGUCACAAUAAACCAGUUAGGAAGCAAUCUUCUGUAUUCAAUAUUCACCAGUAACCCCUUUUUCUCUGUUCGUCUUAUCUUCCCGUCCGUAUUUCUUUUUCCUUUUCUCUUCUAUGUCUCCGUUACUUUCUGUUCGUCCUUCGUAAUCCUUUUAUUCUCUAUCCCGAGCAAGAUCAAUUUCUCUCUCAGAGGAAUUUCUCUUCUUGUGUUCCCUUUCAAUAUAUCCUCGUGGCGACUGAUUGGUUCCAUACAACAGAAUUUGUAACACUUGUUCUCUGUAUCAGCAUCACUUGUGACUACUUGACAUUUCCUCUUUUUUUUCGCCAGACAAAAUGCAAAUUUAAGUCUUAACACAAUAAGGGAAAAAAUACACACGUACAAUUGAAGGGAAGAACAUAAUAGAGAAAGAAAAAGUUAGUUCUGCGGUUAAUAGAUGACGAUGUCGAUUCCAAAGGAGCCAGAGCAGGUGAUGAAGCAAAGAGGUGGAUCUGUACUGGGCAAGAAAACCAUUCUCAAAAGCGACCAUUUUCCGGGCUGCCAGAACAAACGUUUGUCUCCUCAAAUCGAUGGCUCUCCAAAUUACCGCCAGGCUGACUCCUCACGUGUUCAUGGUGUUGCGAUGCCAACGAUUGAUGGCAUCAGGAAUGUGCUUGACCAUAUUGGGGCCCAAAAGAAUGGAAAGAAAACACAAGUGCUUUGGCAUAACCUUCGAGAAGAACCUGUGGUGUACAUUAAUGGCCGUCCUUUUGUUCUGCGUGACGUGGAGAGGCCCUUCUCCAAUCUUGAGUAUACGGGAAUCAACAGGGCUAGAGUUGAACAAAUGGAAGCUCGCUUGAAGGAUGAUAUACUGGUAGAAGCUGCAAGAUAUGGAAAUAAGAUCCUUGUAACUGAUGAACUACCAGAUGGUCAGAUGGUGGACCAAUGGGAAUUGGUGACACAUGAUUCUGUGAAGACUCCUCUAGAGGUGUAUGAGGAACUACAAAUGGAGGGAUACCUUGUUGACUAUGAACGUGUUCCUAUAACUGACGAAAAAUCGCCCAAGGAGCAGGAUUUUGAUAUUCUAGUUCAUAAAAUUUCACAAGCUGAUAUAGACACAGAGAUAGUUUUUAAUUGUCAAAUGGGACGGGGACGUACUACUACUGGGAUGGUAAUCGCCACUUUGGUAUACCUUAACAGAAUUGGAGCAUCUGGUAUUCCAAGGACAAAUUCUAUAGGAAAAGUCUCUGAUGCUGGAUCUGACAUCACUGAUAAUUUUCCAAACUCAGAGGAGGCUAUCCGCAGAGGAGAAUAUGCAGUGAUAAGAAGCCUGAUUCGGGUCUUAGAGGGUGGUGUUGAAGGCAAAAGGCAAGUGGAUAAAGUAAUUGACAAAUGUGCCUCUAUGCAGAAUCUUCGAGAAGCAAUUGCUACUUACCGCAGUAGUAUUUUGCGCCAACCAGAUGAGAUGAAGAGGGAGGCAUCACUUUCUUUUUUUGUGGAGUAUUUGGAACGAUAUUACUUUCUUAUCUGUUUUGCUGUAUAUAUUCACACAGAGAGAGCAGCUCUCCAUCCUAGUUCAUCUUGUCAAAGCAGUUUCUCUGAUUGGAUGAGAGCAAGGCCAGAACUCUAUAGCAUACUCCGCAGGUUACUGAGAAGAAAUCCAAUGGGUGCACUUGGAUAUGCAAGCUUGAAACCAUCUUUGAUGAAAAUUGCUGAAUCUGCUGAUGGUCGUCCUUGUGAGAUGGGUGUGGUUGCUGCCCUUAGGAAUGGGGAGGUUCUUGGGAGUCAAACUGUUUUAAAAAGUGACCAUUGUCCUGGUUGUCAAAAUUUAAGUUUACCAGAGAGGGUGGAAGGUGCACCUAAUUUCAGAGAAGUUCCUGGGUUUCCUGUUUAUGGUGUUGCCAACCCAACAAUUGAUGGUAUACAAGCUGUUAUUCAGAGGAUAGGUAGCUCUAAGGGUGGUCGCCCAGUUUUUUGGCACAAUAUGAGAGAAGAGCCUGUUGUCUACAUCAAUGGAAAACCGUUUGUGCUACGUGAGGUGGAAAGGCCAUACAAGAAUAUGUUGGAGUACACGGGAAUAGAUCGUGAGAGAGUGGAGAGGAUGGAAGCUCGACUGAAAGAAGAUAUUCUUCGGGAGGCUGAGCGCUAUGGAGGUGCUAUAAUGGUAAUACAUGAAACAAAUGAUGGACAAAUAUUUGAUGCUUGGGAACAUGUGAAUUCUCAAGCAGUUCAGACCCCAGUGGAGGUUUAUAGAUGCUUAGAAGCUUCUGGUCUCCCAAUUAAGUAUGCACGUGUGCCAAUUACUGAUGGUAAAGCUCCCAAAAGUUCUGGCUUUGACACAUUAGCAAUGAAUAUUGCUUCUGCUUCCAAGGAUACUGCUUUUGUGUUCAAUUGUCAGAUGGGUAGAGGGCGGACAACCACAGGUACCGUGAUUGCAUGCCUUCUGAGACUUCGUAUUGAUUACGGGAGACCUAUUAGAAUGCAUCUUGAAAGUAUGUCUUCUGAAGAUGUUGACAGUGGUUCCUCGGGUGGUGAAGAAGCUGGAAAUGGUACUGUAUCUAUAUCAUACUCGGAAAAAGCAAGAAAGGAAAAGGAGCCAAAUCGGGCAUUUGGCAUAAACGACAUUCCAUUAUUACGGAAGAUAACAAGAUUAUUCGAUAAUGGAGUGGAAUGCCGUGAGGUCUUGGAUGCCAUAAUUGAUAGAUGUUCCGCUCUGCAGAACAUACGUGAAGCUGUUUUGCGGUACAGGAAGGUAUUCAAUCAACAACACGUCGAACCAAGGGUAAGGAGGGUUGCAUUAAAUCGUGGUGCUGAGUACUUGGAGCGCUACUUCAGGUUGAUUGCCUUUGCAGCAUAUCUUGGAAGUGAAGCAUUUGAUGGUUUCUGUGGACAAGGAGACUCUAAGACGACAUUCAAGGUUUGGUUAAAUCAGAGACCAGAGGUUCAAGCAAUGAAAUGGAGCAUAAGAUUAAGGCCAGGGAGAUUUUUCACAGUACCUGAAGAGUUGAGAGUUCCACGUGAAUCCCAACAUGGUGAUGCAGUGAUGGAAGCUUUAGUCAAGGCUCGUAGUGGCUCUAUUCUUGGAAAAGGUUCCAUACUAAAGAUGUACUUCUUUCCUGGUCAAAGAACUUCCAACCACAUUCAAAUCCAUGGUGCACCACAUGUUUACAAGGUGGAUGGGUACCCUGUAUACAGCAUGGCAACUCCAACAAUUACUGGAGCUAGAGAAAUGUUGUCAUUUUUGGGUGCCAGGUCUACCAUGGGAGGAAACAUUGCCCCAAAAGUCAUUGUGACUGAUCUGAGAGAAGAAGCAGUUGUUUACAUCAAUGGCACACCAUUUGUCCUUAGGGAACUAAAUCAGCCUGUUGAUACACUAAAACAUGUUGGGAUAACUGGACCAUUGGUGGAACAUAUGGAGGCCCGGUUAAAGGAGGAUAUUUUAGCUGAGAUCUCACAUUCUGGUGGUCAAAUGCUUUUACAUCGUGAAGAAUAUUGUCCGGAAUUAAAUCAGUCCAGUGUCAUAGGGUACUGGGAGAAUGUUUUGCUAGAGGAUGUGAAAACACCUGCCGAAGUUUUUGCCUCUCUGAAAGAUGAGGGUUACAUUCUUGACUACAGGAGGAUACCAUUGACUAGAGAAAGAGAGGCCUUGGCUUCUGAUGUUGAUGCAAUUCAAUGCCUUAAAGAUGAUUCUGCUGGUUGCUAUCUUUUUGUAUCACAUACUGGGUUUGGAGGGGUUGCUUAUGCAAUGGCUAUCACCUGUCUCAAGCUUGAUAUGGAGGGACAGCUUGCUUCUGAGAGGUCGGAAUCAUUAAUUGCAACACAAUGUCUAUCUUCAAUACCUAAGGACAACUUACCCUCUCAGGCUUUUGAUGAAGCAUGUGAACUGGGUGAUUAUCGGGACAUACUAAACCUUACUAGAGUUCUCAUGUAUGGUCCCAAGAGCAAAGCAGAAGUGGAUAUUGUUAUAGAAAGAUGUGCAGGGGCUGGGAAUUUACGAGAUGAUAUUCUUUACUAUAGAAGGGAACUAGAAAACUGCCAUGAUUGUGAUGAUGAUAAAAAGGGGAACCUCCUGGAUAUGGGUAUUAAAGCUCUAAGAAAGUCUCUAACUACACAAGUGAAUACCAGUAUUGGAAGGCCACCAACCACACAAGUGUAUACACAUAGACAAGCACCAGCUCCUCCACCAGUUGAAUCUCCACUAACAAAUCCAAUUGUCGCUUCUACUCCAGUUUCACCUCCCAUUUCUGACUUUGGCCUUUCCAUAACUGUACAUAAAGGAGGUACUUUUUCCUCAUCACAUUCAGGUCCUACCUUUACUGCACUUCUGCAAGCAGGAUAGGAUUCACAGCAUGGAUGGAGGCAAGGCCUGAACUAGGUCAUCUCUGUCAUAAUCUGAGGAUUGACAAAUGACCUAAGGCAUUCAGCAGAGCUUCAUAUACAGGGGGUGCGGUAUAGAAUAAUUAUAUUUUUUUGUAUCUUCUUUCCUUUUUUUAUUUGUUGUAACUUGUAACAUAGAAUCUUCCAAAACUAGUUAGUUAUACCCAUCUAUGUAUACCAAACAUGUACAGUGAUCAAUUUAUUAUCAUUUUCCUAA